UCGAUGUCACUGUUUUUGUCCAACUAUGAAUCAAAUUUGGGAAGAGAUGGAGAUAAGAGGAAAACGGUGGGAAGCACAACGAUAUGUGGAAGAAAUCAAGUGGAAGACGAUAGGCGGUGUCUAGAAGCAAAUCCGGCUAAUUGGCUCCAAACCAACCGCUAAGCACCCGAAAUCAACCGUAGUAAGCCAAGCCAGAAACCACCCUGCUCAAUACUUGGCACUGUUCAUUAGCACAACGCAUAUUUAAAUGUAUAUAUAUAUAAUAUAAUUAUACAUACUGGGCCAAUGGGUCAAUGAUGGGCACUGAUCCAACUCCCUCAGGCCUCCUUGAUUUCAGAGAAAUGACCGGAGAAGGGAAGGUAGUCUGUGUUACAGGAGCUUCGGGAUUCAUAGCUUCAUGGCUCGUUAAACUCUUGCUUCAGCGUCGCUAUACCGUUCAUGCUACCGUCCGCUCCCUCGAUGAUCCAAAGAAGACACAACACCUACUUGCCCUUGAUGGAGCUAAGGAAAGGCUGUCUUUGUUUGAAGCUAACUUGACUGAAGAAGGAUCUUUCGAGUCCGCAGUUAAUGGCUGCGAAUGUGUCUUUCAUAUGGCAUCUCCUGUUAUACCUUCAGUUUCAGUUUCUGACCCAAAGGCACAAUUCCUAGAUCCUGCAGUGAAGGGAACACUUAAUGUUCUUAAAUCAGCUGCAAAAGUUUCAUCUCUCAAAAGAGUGGUUUUGACAUCUUCCAUGACUGCGGUUAUGUUUCGUGUAGAACCUCGGGAGUUUGGUGCUGUGGUGGAUGAAACAUGGUUUUCAGAUCCAAAAACUUGUGAACAGAAAAAGUUAUGGUAUCCGCUUUCGAAGACCCUGGGUGAGGAUGCUGGUGUGACAUUUUGUAAAGAGAAAGGUUUGGAUUUGGUGGUUAUAAAUCCUGGGUUUGUCAUUGGUCCUCUCUUACAGCCAACUCUCAACACCACUUCUGAGUGGGUUAUGGGAUUGAUUGUAACUGGAAAGGAAAUAUUUCCAGAUGGAAUUUAUAGACUUGUUGAUGUGAGAGAUGUUGCUAAUGCUCAUAUUUUAGCAUUUGAGAACCCCCAAGCAAAUGGUAGGUACUGUGUGGUUGGGGUUGUGACUCGCUCUUAUGAGAUCAUGAAGAUUUUAAAUAAACAUUACCCUGUUCUUGGCCAUUCUGAAAGGUAUAAAGAUGGAUAUUGUGGUGAGCCAGUACCUUACACUGUAUCGAGGGCAAAGGCGGAAAGUUUAGGUGUUGAUUUUACUCCGCUUGAGGUAUUAUGUGCAUUGACCCCCUGA